AUGUCAACCUUCAACGGGCUUGUCGCAGAGUUUCCCGACAUUCGCAUUGACUUUUUCCGGAAACAUGUCAACCGGCGUCCACCACUCGCAUGUUUUCUGAGCCAUGUUCACAGCGACCACCUUGCGGGGCUUGAAGGUUUGCGUUCUCCUUUCGUCUACUGCUCCGCAGCCACGCGGGAGAUACUUCUCCGUCUCGAGCGUUACCCUUGUCGCAUCAUUUAUGCCAGGCGCAUCCUCGAGGCCCGCGUGCAAACGUACAAGCAUCUCAAGAAGCUCCUCCGGCCCUUACCCCUGGAUUCGCCUACCACACUUGAGCUUGCGCCUGGAAAUCUCAUCCAGGUUACACUCCUUGAUGCGAAUCAUUGUCCAGGCUCUGUAAUGUUUCUGAUCGAGGACUCAAACUGCGCUAUACUCUACACGGGCGACAUUCGGAGCGAGCCUUGGUUUGUCAAUGCGCUGGUCAGGAACCCGGCUAUAAUCGAAUAUGCCAGCGGUAUCAAGACCUUGGACAGGAUUUACCUCGACACAUCCUUCAUCCAAAACGUCCCGUUCCAGACAAAAGCUGAUGGUCUUUCUGAGCUACUGCGCAAGGUCGCUCUUUAUCCAGACAACACUAUUUUUCACAUCCAAACAUGGACCUACGGCUACGAACAGGUUUGGAUUGCCUUGUCCAAGGCGCUGAAAUCUAGGAUUCACGUCGACGACUACAAGAUGCAAAUUUUUUCAGCUCUGGCUCCCAAAUUUUCCAACGACCGCUUCAAUUCCACAGUUCAUCUCUGCCAAGAGGCGCCGGCAUUGGUCGGUUACAUUUGUGGCAACACGCAUCACCCGGGUUGCCUGACACGGGACGAGCAUGUCCGACUCCACAGUUGCGAGAGGGCCAACCUUUGCUCUGUCGCCCGAAGCCCCAAUGUCGUCUCCAUACAGCCCAUUGUUGCUCAUCUCGCUGAUGGGGGUGAGAUUACAGAAGCCGGCGUCGGCGGUGGCGGUGACGACUUAGAACGAGACGCGGAGCUCGAUGUCCUCUCACCGGACGACAUUUAUGCCGUGUUGGCGCUUUUGGAGGAAAAGACAGAAAUUUCUCAACCUCGCAAAUCAACAAUCAGGAAAUUUCUUCAAAAUGGUGUCCAAACGGGGCGAAACUUGUCUUUGGACUUGGAUAUAGGAUCUGUGGAUGAAAAGAACAUGGCAGCCAUUGUCGACGUCUUUCAGUCGAUUGCACAGAAGGAACAAAGAAAUAGGCAAACCUUACCCAACAAAGGAGCAAGUUGUUCAAAACAGUUGCCCAAGACCAUCACGUUCCCAUACGCCCGCCACUCGUCUUAUCAAGAGCUGUGCGACCUUGUUCGUGCGUUCCAGCCGAGAGAUAUUUGGCCUUGUACGGUCAAUAUUUCCGACUGGGUCAAGGAUAACGUCACUAUUAGAUCCUUAUUUGGCAGCUAUUGCUCUGGCGAGUCAUUCGAACACGAUCAGGAGAUAGUAAUGCUUAUUCGCCAAAACCCCGGACUACUUGAUCACGGGAUGUCUCAAGACCUUGACUAUAGCCAGCAUACUGGGGACAAUAUUGAAACGUCCCCAUUACAUUGCUCUCACGAAGGCCAGUUGACGGAGUUUGAGCUUAAUCCUGGAAAUAUUAGACCAGGCCUGAAUGCUUUGGGCGCCGGAUCCAUGGGGAUGAUGGCCUCUAUUCAGGACCAACCUCAUCUGUCAAAUGAAACAGCCCAGAUGGUUCAGAAUGAGUCCGUCAGCGAUGGACCAUCUAGAGUGCUUCUCCCAUCUUGCAAUGUGUCAAAGUUCCGCGCGGAUGCAUACUUGAGCAUGACCGGAAAUCUCUUUGGAGAUGAGUGGACUGCCAUUGGGCUACUCUCUACCUCCGAUCAUCAUACCACACCCGAUGAGGACCUAGGAGAACCCCGGGUUUCCCUCGGUGCCGCAGAUGGUCGCACUGAGCGCCAUUCAUCACCAAACCAUAUAACCUGA